AGCGCACCUUUCCCCAGGACAGUCGAGUCGAGGCGAGAGAUUACUAAAGUGAGAUGGAGGGCAGGGGGCAGGGCUUCAAAAAUCAGUUCGUACCAGAGAGUUCAAAACACCUACACAGCCGUCAGUCAUUCCCGAUUCACGCGUCCGACAUUCCCGAUUCACGCGUCCGUCAUUCCCGAUUCACGCGUCCGUCAUUCCCGAUUCACGCGUCCGUCAUUCCCGAUUCACGCGUCCGUUGUAUCAUCUGACGUUUUCAUUUCUGUGUAUUUUUGAGUGAAAACUCAUCUGUGGGCGUUUCCGAAAAUAUGUCAACAUCAGCAGGUCUGGAUUUAAAACACUGGCUUUUUCAGCACUUAUGUAUGGAACUGAUUCAGGGGCGGAGCUACAUGUGAGCACAAUCUGUGACGUCACGAAACUACAGCGUCAACAGCUUCAGACCAAUCACCUGUGAUAUGCAAAUGUUUCGAAGACGACAGCGUGGUACGUGAGCGGUGUUAGCCGUAGAAAUUGCGUGAUUAAGCUAGUCAGCUUGCUAACCUAGCUAGUUGUAGCAAUGAACAGAUCGCGGCCGCUACGCUUUCAUUGAUGUGAGCUCGUUUCCUAGGACAUAGCUAAUCUAAAUAAUCAAUUUGCAUAUAAUUAAGCAUAUUCAUACAUUCUGGUAUUUUUUUUUAAUGAAGGUAAAUGUGUCGUGAUGUUCCUCAGUCGCUUACUGGACAAUUAAUAAAACUAUUUAUUAUGAUCUUCAUGAUGCAGGUUACAGAAGAGUUCUUUUUUUUGUUUGUUUGUUUUAAAGCCAGCUGAGCGUGAUGAAACAGGUGAAGUCUCUCAGGAGACCGGGAGCGUGACGUGACGGAGAGUGAGCGCUAUAAAGCAGGGGUGGUGAAGGCUGUAACACGGACGUUCGUCUUCAGCAGGACCGACCUCAGAGCAGCAUGCGCUAAAUUAUAAAGUGAUGAAUAGCGUGUGAGCAUGAGGACCAUGAGGACCAUGAGGACCAUGAGGACCAUGAGGACCAUGAGGACCAUGAGGAGCUGCGUGUUACACUUACUGUUCCUGCUGCUGCUCUCCUGCAAAACCAGCUUCAGCAGCUUCACUGUCCAGGACAGUUCAGGACGAGAGAUGAGGCAGUAUGAUGAAGUGGAAGACGACAGUUUCAUUGGUCUGAUGGGUAAAAGGAGUUCCGAUCUGACUGCAGAGCUGCCACUGAGACGAGACGUCAGCGACGUGUUUGUCGGUCUGUUCGGGCGCAGAGACGUCGACUCGGGUGAGUCGGAUAUCGCUAAAGGCCUCGCUGCGUGGAGACGAGAGAGGCGGGGCGGAGUCUUCUCAAACAACCGAAGACUCAGAUAUCGGCGUCCCGCCUGAAGCUCCGCCUUAACGGCGACGUGGAAUUCGAGAGCGACGGUUCUGAUCUCUCCGCCUGGCGUUUAGGUUUUUUAUUUUUCACGUGAAGAUUUAAACAGAGUUUAUUUUACGUCUGAUUUUUCCUCUGAAGGUUUUUUUUUUUAUCCAGUGCAACAUAACUGAAAAAUAUCAGUAUUACGAGGUCAUAAGGUCAAUACAUCAUUUCAUCUCUACAGGUCUAGGUAGGAUCCCUUACAGGCUUGCGGGUUCAAAAAAGU